AUGUAUAGGGCAAGUAAAGCUGAAAUACAGAUUAAAGAACGACACUUUUUUCGAGAUAAACCACUUUUAACGUACUUGGAAAAUGAUUUGAGAAAAUUAGGUGCUCUCAGGCAAGAUGGUGAAAAGCUUCAUUUAUUAUUGGCCAUUGCUGAAGGUGAAGGUUUCCAAACCAAAACAUUGGAAACAACUCUGUCCAACAAUGUGUUAAAUGAUUUGAGACUUUUUGCAUUGUUUAUGAAGAAUCAUGUUAAAAAAACUGUUGUAUUCAUUAUUGAUGGAAUUGAUGAAAAUGAAUACUUUUUUCAACAAAACGCGGUUGAUAAAGUAUCACUAGAAUUAUUUUACCGUUCUUCGAUCUCCCAAGAAGUUGUGUCAGCAACUUCGUCCCAGAACUUUUAUUUGUCGUUGUUUUAUCCUAAAAUAGAUGGUAUUAACAUAGAAGAUGCCAGUGUUACAAGUGGUAACUUUCCGAUACACACCAUCAAGUGGGAUACGAAAUCAUUAAUUGAUUAUGCUGAUUAUAUCUUGCAAGAAAUGAACAAAAAUGCGUCAGCAAGUCGUUGCAAAUCACUGACAGAUUUCAAAACACUCGUAAAUUAUUCUGAUAGGAGCAAUGCUGAAAUCAUUAAUAAAAUUACAACCCCAAGAGCAAUUGAUUUUUUUAUGAAGUACUUGAUAACAGAAAUGAAUCAGUGUGCCGAUAAUGUUCACAAACUAUUUAUCGCAACUGCCGAUGACGUUGAUAACGCUGUUAAGAAAUCGAUCGAGCAUCCCCGUCAAACUUCAUAG